CUUUUGAAAGGGCUGGCUUCAGCACUCUGCCUGAAACGAGCAAUGCAUACUCACACAUAGGUUGAGCGCUAUAGCCCCUGUCCCCGCUCAUCACAGGGUCUGUGUGUGUGUGUGUGUUUGUGUGUGUGUGUGUGUGUAUAUUCCUGGCUGCAGCAGAGCAGUGAGGAUAUGUAGCUUCCUGUCUGCUCAUUCUGCCGCAUGCCGCUUGCUGCCACCAUUACGCAGAGGAAUUCCCUGUCGUCUCUGCAGCUGCUGCUGACAGAGAGCGUGAGCGUGGGUUAGAGAGAGGAGGAGAGGAGACAUGCAGCAAAGCGACACUGACCGAUAGAGGACAGAACUGGAUUUCACAUUGGAUUUUACAUGAAGAUGUACAGUGCUUGUUAUCGCACUGCUUGUGGGAUUUCUUGCUGACCCUCGUGAUCCUGAAUUGUGGACGUAUGUAAUACGGAACACUGUUUGUGUGUGUGUAUGUGUGAGAGUGUAUGAUUGUGUUGGUGUGUGUGAGUGUUUGUUCCUGAUGCGGUCUGAGCGGGCUAGCCGUGUGUGUAUUGUGGUGCUGGAGGAGGUGGAGGAGGAUGAGCCCUCUUCCUCACCCCCACCUCCUCGGCCCAAAUCACCUCCAGAGCACAGAUCCCAUCAAGCCUCUCGAAGGGCUGCUGCACAGGAGGACAAGCCGUCGUUGUUGAGAGCUAUCUUCAACGUGGACCCAGGUGAAGUCCGCUCCCUCAUAUUCAAGAAAGAGGAUGUCAACAUUCAGGACAAUGAGAAGCGGACGCCUCUGCACGCUGCAUCCUACCUGGGAGACGCUGAGAUCAUUGAGCUGCUCAUCCUGUCAGGAGCCCGAGUCAACGCCAAAGAUAACAAGUGGUUGACUCCUCUUCACAGAGCUGUCGCCUCUUGUAGCGAGGAUGCAGUGACAGUGUUGCUGAAGCACAGUGCGGACGUCAACGCUCGGGACAAGAACUGGCAGACGCCACUCCACGUAGCAGCUAGCAACAAGGCAGUGCGCUGUGCCGAGGCUUUGGUCCCUCUGCUAAGCAAUGUGAACGUGUCAGACCGGGCGGGGCGUACUGCCCUGCAUCACGCUGCCUUCAGUGGACAUGUAGAGAUGGUGAAGCUUCUCCUGUCAAGAGGAGCCAACAUUAAUGCUUUUGACAAAAAGGACAGGAGAGCCAUCCACUGGGCAGCUUACAUGGGUCACCUGGAGGUGGUGAAGUUAUUGGUGGCCAGCGGCGCUGAGGUUGACUGUAAGGACAAGAAGGCCUACACGCCUCUGCACGCAGCUGCCUCCAGUGGCAUGAGCAGCACAGUGCACUACCUGCUGGGCCUGGGAGUCCAUGUAAAUGAGGUGAAUGCCUACGGCAACACGCCACUCCAUUUGGCCUGUUACAAUGGACAGGAUGUGGUGGUCAGCGAGCUCAUCGAGACAGGGGCCAAUGUCAACCAGGUGAACGAGAGGGGCUUCUCUGCUCUCCACUUCGCCUCCUCCUCACGUCAGGGGGCGCUGUGCCAGGACAUGCUGUUAGCCCACGGAGCUCACAUCAACAUGCGGAGUAAGGAUGGAAAGACUCCUCUCCACAUGGCAGCUACACACGGAAGGUUCUCCUGUUCUCAGGCCCUCAUUCAAAAUGGAGCUGAGAUUGAUUGCGAGGACAAAAGCAGGAACACUGCCCUUCACAUUGCUGCCCGCUACGGCCAUGAGCUCAUCAUCACCGCUCUCGUCAAACACGGAGCCAGCACAGCCAAUAGAGGCAUUCAUGGGAUGUUCCCUCUGCACCUGGCGGCUCUUAGUGGCUUCUCAGAUUGCUGCAGGAAGUUGCUGUCCUCAGGGUUUGACAUAGACACCCCCGAUGACUUUGGAAGGACCUGCCUUCAUGCUGCUGCAGCUGGAGGGAACCUGGAGUGUGUGAACCUGCUGUUAAACAUCGGAGCUGACUUUAACCGGAAAGACAACUUUGGAAGGACUCCAUUACACUAUGCAUCAGCCAACUGCAACUACCAGUGUGUGUUCGCCUUGGUGGGCUCCGGGGCAGGCAUCAAUGAGCUGGACCAGAGAGGCUGUUGCCCCCUGCACUACGCUGCUGCUGCUGACACUGAUGGAAAGUGUGUGGAGUACCUGUUGAGGAAUGAUGCCGAUCCAGCAGUGAGAGACUCACAGGGUUUCAGCGCUGUGCAUUAUGCCUCAGCGUACGGCCGCACACUCUGUCUGGAACUGAUGGCAAGUGAGACGCCUCUUGAUGUGUUAAUGGAGACGUCAGGAACAGAGAUUCUCAGUGACUUGGAGAGCCAGGCCCCUGUCAGUCCACUGCAUCUGGCGGCUUACCAUGGACACUGUGGAGCCCUAGAGGUCCUCCUGUCCUCCCUGCUGGAAGUGGACGUCCGCAGCCCAGAGGGACGCACCCCCCUCAGCCUGGCCUGCUCCACUGGUCAUCAGGAGUGUGUCUCCCUGCUGCUGCAUCACGGAGCCUCGCCCAUGACCCAUGACUACACACACAAAAAGACAGCCAUACAUGCUGCAGCUAUGAAUGGCCACCCUGAGUGCCUGCGCCUGCUCAUGAGCAACAAUGACCAACACAUUAAUGUGGACUUACGAGACACCAACGGACAAACUCCUCUGAUGUUGGCUGUGCUGAAUGGACACACAGAGUGUGUGUACUCUCUGCUUAGUCAAGGGGCCAGUGUGGAGAAUCAGGACCGCUGGGGGAGGACGGCACUACACAGAGGGGCAGUGACGGGUCAGGAGGAGUGUGUGGAGGCUCUCCUCCAGCGGGGGGCCAGUGUUUGUGUGAAGGACAUCCGGGGACGUUCACCUCUUCAUCUGGCAUCUGCUUGCGGCCGUGUUGGUGCCCUAGGUGCCCUGCUGCAGGCCACCACCACCCCACACACUGACACACACCUCACUGACAACCAGGGCUACACACCACUGCACUGGGCCUGUUAUAACGGAUAUGAUGCGUGUGUGGAGGUGUUGUUGGACCAGGAGGCGUUCAGGAAGAUUAAGAGCAACUCAUUCAGUCCACUACACUGUGCUGUGAUGAACGACAACGACGGAGUGGCUGAGAUGUUAAUCGACUGCCUUGGCGCAGCUAUCAUCAACACCACAGACUCUAAGGGCAGGACCCCUCUUCACGCUGCAGCUUUUUCCGACCACGUGGAAUGUGUUUCUCUUCUUCUGAGCCACGGUGCUCAGGCCAACGUAGUGGACACCAACACGUGCACCACACCGCUUAUGAUGGCAGCUCUGAAUGGACAGACCAAUGCUGUGGAGAUGUUGGUGAGCUGCCCUAAAGCAGACAUGGCUCUACAGGAUACAAACCGAAACACAGCAUUACAUCUGGCCUGCAGCAAGGGUCAUGAGACGAGUGCCUUGUUGAUUAUGGAGAAAAUCAGCGACAGGAACCUCAUCAACUGCACCAAUGCUGCUCUCCAGACGCCGCUGCAUGUAGCAGCCAAGAAGGGUCUGACGGUGGUGGUCCAGGAGCUGCUGGGAAAAGGAGCCAGUGUGUUGGCGGUGGACGAGAACGGUUACACUCCAGCUUUGGCCUGCGCUCCCAACCGGGAUGUGGCCGACUGCCUGGCCCUCAUCCUCAACUCCAUGAUGCCCACCUCCUCCAUUGUCACCAUAGCAGAUUUACCUGCACUCUCUCUCGCUCAAACGGUCGUCAACCACCACCCGACCUCCAACCACAUCUCCAAAGGCGUGGCCUUCGAUGCCCUGCCCCCUCUGAGGCCCGACCACGCCUCCCACUGCAGGCCAGAGCGCCCGCUGUCCACUGUAUCUGCAGACGAAGAAAUGAAUGACUCAGACUCAGAGACAUACUGAGAACUAUUGGACAGAGCCCCAGAGUUCUGACAGGCCAAGCAGCCACUCAGGAGCCUUAAUAGUUCACUGAAAAGGGACAGAGAAUGAAAUAAAGGCAGAUUGUUUUUAUAGGUAAACCUCUUGAAUAAUAAUAAUAAUUUCUGUGUAUCGGAGGUUUGUUUUCAUCAAGGUGGAAAUGAUGUACUAAAAUAUAGAACAAGGUAAAA